GAGAGAGAGAGAGAGAGAGCAAGAGAGAUUAUACUUCAUCAGAGAUCACUCCACACGACACAACUAUAAAAAUGCUAGACAGAGGAAAACUUCUCACCCUCCACCUCCUUCUCCCAUUCUCUUUCCUCGUUCACACUUCAAGCCCUUCAGCAAUGGCCGCCUCGAGAAUGAUCUCCCGAGCGACGCCCACGCACAAGAACCCUACCGGCUCCCACCACCACCUCCACCACCACUACCGCCCUAAUGCUCCCGACGAUCCCGUCUUCGAGUUCGACGAGUCCGAUCUCCUCUGGUCCUCCAACGACGACGCGUCCUCCGACCCGAGAAUACGUCAGCCUCGAUCCCUGAAGAAGCUGCAGAGGCGGUCGUCCGCGGCGGAGGCCCCUUCGCCGCCGGGGGCGGCGUCGUUGCCCGUGAACAUACCGGACUGGUCGAAGAUUCUGCUGGGGGACUACCGAGAGCACCACCGGGGGAGGGUGACCGCCGAGGACGGCGGCAGCGACGACGGCGACGAAGAGGACGACGGGGACAUAGUCCCGCCGCACGAGUUCCUGGCGAGGAGGAGAGGCGCGUCGCUCUCCGUCCACGAAGGCGUUGGGAGGACGCUGAAAGGGAGAGAUCUCCGUCGCGUCCGGAACGCCAUUUGGGAGAAAGUUGGCUUCGAAGACUAGAGAGAGAUAGGGAGGGAGGGUCGUUCCGCCAUUGUUUAUUUCCACUGAAAUAUUGUUGUCACUAGCUAUAUAUUAUAUGCUCGGAAACAUAUAUUGUCAUCGGGGGAAAUUUUUGAUACGGCUAGGCCGUGUCGGAGAGCCAGAAACACAAACCCGUUUUCUCUCUCUGUCUCUCUCACAUCGGCUCCAGCUUCAUUUUCCCCCAUUAGUUCUUUCUUUCGUUCGUUCAUGGAUCAAUCUGGUGUUGGGUGGGUGUUAUGUUUCCUGUUCCUGUUACUUUUUGAAGGGAAGACGACUCUCCUCUCUGCAUGUAAACUUCGUCUCUCACGCCUUUUUGAUCGUAGUGGAUGCAUUUUUGGUUC